AUAAGUUUCUUACUGUAAUUCGUUGGUACUAUUGAAUUCUGCGAGAGGUCUACUAUUGUGUUCGGGAAUAUGGCUUCUCUGGGUUUUUUUUGCGAUUGAUUAAUACAUUUCACUUUUGCAGCUGCAAUCGGCGGAAAUAGAAAGUCACCUGGUCUUGUUCAUAUAAGUAACGAAUUCGGCAUAAAGAUUCAAGUUCAGCGAGCGACUAAAAGUCUCAUUGAAUUUUGGGUCGGGCAGCGGAGAUCGUAGGCAUGGGGGAAGAUCUGUCUUUGUCUCUGGACGAAAAAGCCAAACGAACCAGAGAUCUGCUAACAAGUUUCUAUGGCGGCGAUUCCGCUCCUUCCCAUGCCAUUGCCAGAACCGAUACCUUCCAUUCCAUCGACACGCCUGACUUCGAUCCUCAAAGAUACAUGAAUGCCCUGGUAGGCAGGACCAAUGUGGAAGGCUUACUUCAAAGGCAUGUUGAAAUGGCAGCUGAGAUUAAGAACUUGGACAGUGAUCUACAGAUGUUGGUAUAUGAAAAUUACAACAAAUUUAUAAGUGCAACAGAUACAAUUCGAAGGUGUCGCUGUCAUAUGAAUUUGUCACUUAAGACAUUCCAGGGAACUUUGUUUAUAUCUACAUAUGACAGGAUGAAGAUUAAUGUGGUUGGCAUGGAGACCAAUAUGGAGCAACUUUUGGACAAGAUAACUUCUGUUCAGUCAAAAAGUGAUGGUGUUAAUGCAUCACUCUUUGAGAGAAGAGAACGCAUAGAGAAACUGAAUCGUACUCGCAGUCUUCUUCAUAAAGUGCAGUUUAUAUAUGACCUUCCUGCUCGUCUCACAAAGUCUAUCAAAGCUGAAGCAUAUGCAGAUGCAGUUAAAUAUUAUGUAGGGGCUUUACCAGUUUUCAAGGCAUAUGGACAAUCAUCUUUUGAGGCAUGCAGGAAAGAAUCUGAGGAGGCUAUUGGUACAGUCAUAAGACACCUUCAGGCACGCCUAUUUACAGAUUCUGAACCUGUUGAAGCCAGGGCAGAAGCAGUUGUGCUUCUUAAGCAACUAGGUUUUCCGGUAGACAACCUGAAGACAAAAGUUCUAGAGGCGAAGUUAGAACACUUCCUUUCAGAACUCCAGGCCGAAGCCAGACAACAAAGUCCAGCUUUUGUGGAGACAGACAAAUCUUCUGAAAAUAUGCUCGAUUCUGCAGGCUCCAAACAACCAACGGAAUAUUCAAAAAAGGAUUCUAUCGGCGAGUUUGCGAAAACAGUUACUGCUUAUCGUAUAAUUUUUCCCAAUUCAGAGAAGCGACUUACUGAAGUUGCAAUAGACCUUUUCAACAAACUUUUUGCAAGCUUGCAGAAUCAUGAGGAAGGAAUGGCGUCUGCUACGAAACUUAUUUCUGCUCUGAGAGUAAUUUCUGCAGAUGUCAGGAGGAUGGAUGAAGUUUUACCUGAGGCAGGCCUUCCGGAUUAUGCUAUUAAGGCUGCAGAGACUGCAAUCAAACAACAUGUUUCAGAUAUGUUUGGUCGCCUUUAUUCACAAGUAACAGGAGAUCUGGUAGCCCUUCAGUCACAGCAAAAGGAGAGAGGGAGAUCAGAGGAAAUGAAGCCACUACUAAUGGCUUUGGAUAGUGGAAAGGAUGUUUUAUUCCAAGGAAGUAUGGAUGUCUUAUGGGAUUUUCGACAGCUGCUUGAUGACAACUUGGAUAUAUUGGUGAAGUUAAGGGAUGCAUACAUUGAUUGGGUACAAGGAGGAUUUCAGGACUUUUUUAGAUCUCUUGAAAAUUUCUUUCUCUCAUUCUCACGGGGAACAGUUUCCAGUGAUGGAAAACUGCCUCUUGCAGAAAAGCUACAAGCAGAUAGGGUUUCAACUGGAGUUGUUCUUGUGAUGGCUCAGCUCUCUGUGUUUAUUGAGCAGACAGUAGUUCCUAAGAUAACAGAGGAGAUAGCUGCUGCUUUCUCUGGGGGUGGGGCUAGAAGCUAUGAGGAAGGGCCUCCAUUUGUUCCUGCUGAGAUUUGUCGAAUGUUUCGUUCGACUGGAGGAAGUCUUAUGCAUCUUUAUAUCAAUAUGCAGGCGCGCAAGCUUUCGUUGCUAGUUAAGAAAAGUAUAGCAACACCAAACUGGCUUAAGUACAAGGAGCCUAGAGAAGUUCGCAUGUUUGUGGAUUUGCUUCUUGAAGAGUUGAAAACAAUGGAAGUAGAAGUGCAACAGGUUCUAGUUCGAGGAUCUACACAGAAACAUCGACUCUCUGAUAGUACAGGGAGUACUAAUUCCUCUCGUAGCAAUCGAAUACGAGAUGAUAGAAGUAGCCGUUUAAGCACACAACGUGCUCGUAACCGCUUGUUGGAAAGUCAUGUUGCAAAGUUGUUCAAGCAAAAAGUUGAAAUUUUUACAAAACUUGAGUACACACAGGAAUCAGUAAUUUCAACCAUAGUAAAGAUGUGCUUAAAGAGCUUCCAAGAGUAUGUGCGGCUUGAAACAUUCAGCAGAAGUGGAUUCCAGCAGAUUCAAUUAGACACACAGUUCUUGAGAGAUCCGUUAAAGGAAGUUGUUGAAGAUGAAGCCAUCAUUGAUUUUCUAUUGGAUGAGGUUUGUGCUGCUGCUGCUGAACGAUGUUUGGAUCCAAUUCCUCUUGAACCUGCUAUUUUAGAUAAGAUUAUCUAUGCAAAGAUUACGAAAAACUCAGAGCAGACUGCAAGUUCGUAAUUUGUAAAUUACUAUCACUGGUUGGAGUCAGUGAUUUUUUGUAGAAUUAACAUCACCCCAAGCUCUUGGUUCUUGGUUUUUCCUUUCUUUACUACUGGAAGUUGGCUACAAUUUGAGAUGGCAAAUAUUUGAAUUUUCACGAUUUGUAAAAGAUGCACUGCUUGACAAGACAUUAUACAUUAUGUAUAUCACCCCAAUUCUCUGGAAGAUCCCAUUUCUGCAAUUCUAAUUAUUUCUUGUUGGCACAAGCCUACACAAAAUAUUCAUUUUAUGAGAAUUUAUUCUUGUAUGUUUUCACUUGGAAUGUAUUAUAACUGGAGAGAUACAUGAAAUAGAAUACUAAUGUUUGGUUUGCACAAUAUAACUCUACAUGGUGUUGAGCACCACAUUUCUAUUGAA